AUUUUUAAAUGUGGGUUAAACACUUGAACUUCAUUGCAUUUGACACAGUACCUCUCUGUCUUCCUUUUGGCCAAGGCUCUCAAAAGCUUUAAAAUCUCUUCCUCCAAAAGCAAACCAAACACCAAAUUCCAAAUUCAUGGAACAUGAUGGAAACUCACCACCCUAUUGGUCCCACCCCACCACCGCUCUGGUCCGACCUCGCCGUCGACAAUCGCCGCCGAUUCUCAACCCGGUGGUGCUCAUCAUACUUUUACCUAUCCUAGCAUUGCUCAUCAUUUUCUUCCUAAUCCCUCCAUUUCUCUCUCACACCUCUCAAAUCCUCCGACCCAAUUAUUCAGUGAAGAAGAGUUGGGACUCGCUCAACAUCUUACUCGUCGUGUUCGCUAUUCUCUGCGGUGUUUUCGCUAGGAGAAACGACGACGGAUCAACCACCACCGACGAAGACAACACUAAUGUUUCGUUUACCAAUAAAUCGCAUCAGUCAGCUUCGAGUCAAUGGUUCGAGUAUUCUGAACCACCCAAGGAGUCUAAUCAUCCUCCGAUUGCGACACCGACGACCGGUGUUAGCCGGUUGAGGCGGAGCUCCAGCUCGUACCCGGAUCUGAGGCAAGAAUCGUUGUGGGAAACCGGUGAUAGGAGGUUUCGGUUUUCCGAUGAUUAUGAAAUGUAUAGAUCGAAUUCGUCGGAUAAUGUUCGCCGUCGUGCACGGCGAAGUGAACCGGAGAUAGAUGAUUCUGACGAGAAGAUUAUUCCGGUGGAUACGUUUGUAGUUCGAUCGUCUUCAGCGGUGCCUCCACCACCGAAAUCGCCAUCGCUGGCGCCUCCACCUCCGCCUCCUCCGCCACCGGCGAAUUUGAAACGGAGACGAUCGUUUCAAAGUGUUCCACACAAGGACAAGGUAGUUAAGCAAAACAGUGAGGGUGAGUUCAAUAAAAGCCGAUCGCCUCCUUCGCCGCCACCCCCCCCGCCACCGGUAAUGUCGCAUCGACCUGAAGAGAAUUUCAGAAGAAGUGAUCGGAAAAAGAGUUCGGCUAAGAAGGAUAUAGCGACGGCUAUAGCUAUAGCUUCCUUGUAUUUGUAUAAUCAUAAGAAGCAAAGGAAGAAGCAUAGAACGAGGAACAUUUACGAUAAUGCCAAUCACUCUCCACCUCAUACAAAUUCAAUACCACCAUCGCCGCCACCGCCGCCGCCGCCACCUCCUCCUCCUUCUGUCUUCCAUAAUCUGUUCAGAAAAGGAAGCAAGAGUAAGCGAGUUCAUUCCGUUUCCCCUCCACCUCCGGCGCCACCGCCGCCGCCACCUCCUCCUCGUUCAGUCUUCAAUAAUCUAUUCAAAAACGGAAGCAAAAGUAAGAGAUUUCAUUCAGUAUCCACUCCGCCUCCUCCACCCCCACCACCUCCACCUUCGUCGGUCUUCAACAACAUAUUCCGAAACGGUAGCAAAAGCAUGCGAUUCCAUUCAGCGACUACACCACCUCCACCGCCACCGCCACCACCGCCGGCAAAUUCAACAAUUUCACGGUCAUCCAGACGGAAGACUCAGAAUCCACCUCCAUCGGCUCCACCACCACCAGUACCUGACUCUCCGAGGCCGAGAAAUCCAGUUGCCACCGGCCGGCCACCGUUACCGAGGAAGGUGGGCAGCUACUACUACGACAGAGACGAGAAUGUGAACAGCGGAGGACAGUCGCCGCUCAUUCCAAUGCCUCCAAUGCCGCCACCGCCGCCGCCUCCACCGUUCAGAAUGUCUCAGCCGAAGUUCGUAGCUCGCGGUGAUUUUGUUAGGAUACGGAGUACUCACAGCUCACGUUGUAGUUCUCCGGAUUUAGAAGACGUUGAUCUCCCAUCAACGAAUGAAUCAUCAGAUACUAUCAACGGUGGAGAUGCAAUGGGCUCAGCAUUCUGUCCCAGCCCAGACGUGAACACAAAGGCGGAUACCUUCAUUGCUAGACUCAGAGAUGAAUGGAGAUUGGAGAAGAUGAAUUCAGCGAGAGAAAGGCAAAAGAUGGGCUCAGGCCCAGUUUUAGGCCCAAAACAUAGUCACAUGUGAAGUUGGCUAUAAUUGCCGAGCUGAACUUCUUUUCACUUACACACACAUUAAUUAAUUCAUCUACAUAUUGAUAUACAAUAUAUAUAUAUAUAUAUAUAUAUAGGUGCAUGCAGAAUGUGAUUGGGAUUGGGCUCUUAUAGUGUUUUUGGUUCCUAUUUGAGCCCUUUUCACACAUAGAGGAUUGUGAGCUUGGAUUUCAGGUUUGAAUUGUUUGUUUGAUAUGUGAAUUGUGAUAGGUUAUGUAUAGAAUGUUAAUGAGAGAUUGGGCUCUAAGUGGGUUUUUUUGGUCUCCUCUUUGAGCCCUUUCAAGCUGUGGAAGAAGCGAGUUUACAUUUCAGGGUUGAAUUGUUUGAUGGCUGAAAUAAAUUCUUAUUGUUGUGGUAUGUAAA